GUCGGGAACUUCCUCUCGACCGCCGUCAAUGGGGUCUACCACUCCCCGGCGCUUUAGACACAGAGCGAUUCUGAAAUGGCAACACAGCGUCCAGUCCGCACUUGAUCUUGGAAUAUGGCCACAAAGCUCCUUCCUCAACUCUGCAUAUCUCCUUCACCUCCAGAUCAUCCUCACACCACCAAACCGUUCCUUUCCCCUUUCAGGAAUCGCAUCCGAACCUCAAAUCGCAUCGUCAAAGUGAAUGCCGAUAUCCGGUCCAAGACUUCGAGUUUCUUCGUCUCUGGUUCUCUGGCUCUCGCCAUGUCUCUCUCAGGAGUUGCAUUUGGCGAGGAAAGGGUUGGGGUUAACAAGCCGGAAUUGCUUCCUGAUGAGUUCACAACUGUUAUUGAUGUUGCUGGGUUUCUCUCUGAUGGCCAGGAAAAAAGACUUGCGCGCGAGAUAUCAGAUAUAGAAAGAGAUACUGGGUUCAAGUUGAGAAUUUUGGCUCAAAAUUACCCCGAUACGCCAGGAUUAGCAAUCAAGAAUUUCUGGGGAGUGGAUGACAGGACUAUUGUUUUUGUUGCUGAUCCUACUUUUGGUAAUAUUCUGAACUUCAAUGUUGGAGCUUCAGUGGAUCUAGACAUACCACGUAGCUUUUGGAGCCGUUUGGCUGGGAAAUAUGGAAACAUUUUUUACUGGAGAGAAAAGGGUGAAGAUGCUUCUAUCGAAUCUGCUGUUAUGGCAAUAUCAUCUUGCUUGAGAGAGCCGGUUGGGACAAAUAACUGUUCAGAAGUGAAGUAAUUCAUCGCUUUGCAUCCAUUCUUUGCUAUGUGAGGUUUGGGUUAUAUUGGGUCUAACGGAGACAUCUUUGGGAUAGGGAUUGUAUU